UUGAUCGUGGCUGGAUGUGGGCUGUUUAGACGACAUAUUGCUCGUGGCAAUCUUAGAUAACCUUCGACAAAUUUCAGAAGAGUUGGAACACAGACGAAAACAAUUGAAGAACUGCUAUGCUCUCCUCUUUGUUGGUUGGGCUUCAACCAGAAUCAGUUUCAUACCUGAGGCAUCCCACAGCUGCAAAUUUCUGACGCAUUUUAAAUGAUUAAACACGAGGGAGGAAGUCUUUAUGAAAGGUUUCAGUUAUCAUAGUUCGGCGUGUCCUGUUUAGACGAAAUAUUUCUCGUUGCAAGAACAGAGGAAACGAAUGCAGAAUUAUUCGACAACAAAUUUCACCAGAGGUGGAACAAAGACAAAAACAUUUGAAGAACUGGUAUGCUCCCCCUCUUUGAUCAUGGGUGGGCUUCAAUCAGCAUCAGUUUCUUUCGCAGCAGUCAACAUUUUCCUCGCCGUCACAGCAUUUCUUGGUAAUUCUCUCAUCCUUGUUGCCCUUCACAAAGAAUCUUCCCUUCAUCCGCCGUCCAAACUCUUGUAUCGGUGUCUGGCAACAACUGACCUGUUGGUUGGUCUUGUUGCUCAGCCUCUCCAUGUUACUUAUUGGAUGUCCGUGGUUCACGAACACUGGAGCCUCUGUCAUUACGCAAGAGAAGCAGCUUACAUUACAGGCGUAGCAUUAUGUGGAGUUUCUUUGCUGACGAUGGCGGUAAUAAGCGUGGACAGGCUUCUUGCCCUGUUGUUGGGGCUGAGAUACAAAGAGAUUGUAACUUUGAAGCGCAUUUAUAUCAUUAUAGCUAGCUUUUGGGUUUUAUGUCUUGUCGCCUCUUUAUGCAUCAUUUUCGAUCAGCGUAUAACCAAUUUGUGUAUCUUGAUAUCUAUACCACUUUCGCUGCUUAUUUCACUCGCCUCGUACACAAAGAUUUUUCGCACUCUUAGACAUCAUCAGGCACAAGUUCAACAACAGCCGAGCCAACCAAAUGCACUGAACAUGGCGCGAUACAGAAAAGCAGUGCACAGUGCACUGUGGGUACAGUCAGUCUUAGUUAUUUGUUAUACACCAUGCCUUAUUGUGGUAUUUGUAAUCACUUCUAGUACAACAUAUUCAUCAAACUCAGUCGUCGCAUGGGAAAUGGCAAUUAUCCUUACUUACUUUAACUCGACGUUAAACCCGUUUCUUUACUGCUGGAAGAUUAGUGAGGUGAGACGAGCAAUGAAGCAGACAAUCAGACAAGCACUUUGCUGUCCAUGGAGUUAGACCAUCCUCGAGUUAUAUAUGAUCGUAUAAGUACUUUCAGUGCAAAGCUGACCGAUAGAGAACGCUUGUCGCUUAAAUUUUUGCUCGAGGUCUGUCGAUAGUAUUUUUUGCUAGUCACGUAAAACAAAAUUAAGGAAAGGUAAUGGAAACACAAACCAAAACUUUUAAAAAAUA